AUGAGUUGACCGGACGAUUGGAAUCUAUGGAAAUAUUUAUUCGAGUCGGCUUUUGCGCAUAUGAGCCAAGAGUUGUGCACGGAUGAGGAGAAAAAUAAAUUGAUCGAUAGAAUCGUUGAGAGAAUUCUGUCGUUGAUCGACAAAUCGGUGCGAUUGGAUGAUAAGAAGACACCGAAACGAGGCAUAUAUCUGGCCAGAUUGACGCUCAUCAACAGAUUACUGGAAACGCAAUUAACUUUGCGAACCCAAUUAGGUACGAUCAAGUUG